AUGCCUCAGACCCCGCAGGCACAACCCUACCUCAACAACCCUUCCCCGCGCAACGUUCCGCGGCACUUUCACAUUCGCGUCCCUCCCGCGCCCAAAACCGGCCAAGGCAAGCAAAAGGCCUCCGCAUCCACCUCGAAGGGCACCCGCCGCCGCCAAAGUCGGACGAUCCUGGUAUCGUCCGGCCAACCAGCAACCAGUAGAGCGCCGACCGCGCCGGACGUGGUGGAGACGAGAGGAAGGCCAGAAGUUGUCCGUUCUUCCGUCUUCGCGAACUCGAACUACUCAUCUGCGCGCGCAUCGCCAGAUGGGAAGGACCGCAAGCAAGCUAGUAUCAUUGAAAAUGCGGGAGCUGCGAGAAUGAUCGCAGCGCGCGUUCUCUGCGUAUUCAACGACCAAGAUGCACAAGCCGCCGCACCCGCCGGAAGCGGCUUCAACUUUGCGGGCCAGCAGCAGCCCUCUGCGAACGGCGUACCAGGACAGCAGCGCCACCCUUCCAUGCCGAACAGGGUCCACGCGGUGGAGGACGACAAAGCCUUUGGGCAGUCCUUGUCAUUCAUGUCCAACCCCGUAACGUGGGUCAUGUCGAACGGCGAGUACCAGCUGCCACAUUGGGCAGCAUCCUUCGGUAUCAUCGACCUUCUGCUCAUGAACUCCGGUCUCGGUUUCUACGAAGCGCCUAUCGCUCAAGAUCGGUGA